AUGCAAGAAGUUGGUAAUAAUAGGUACAAACAUGAAGAACAGGGUGAUGUGAACAUGGAGGCAAACAAGAAGGAGGAUAGAAAAGAAGACAAAGAAGGUAACGUGGCUGCCAGUGGAAAAGAAGGCAGUGAUGGUGGCAAGGAAGAAAGCAGCUGUGUGGAAGACAGAGAAAAGACCGGAGAUGCUGGAAAUGAACAAGGCAUCCUUUUAGUGGACCACAUAGAGUGGCCUGUGGAGGACCUGGAGAGAGGUUGCUCAGUGAUCACUGAGCUGAUGGAGAGCUUCACGCGUGUCUUUGUGGAUAGCGUGAGCAAUAGCUUCUACCCAGUGCCUCAAGAAGCCAUUGGGGUGGGCAGUGCCUUUGAGGGUUGGAGGCCCUGUGACUGGGAUGGGGUGUACCGUGUGCUGGUGCCGCUGAAUCCCCCACCAGGGCACGCCUUCCACCUAGAGCUGAACAGUGCAGGGCAGGUGGCAGCAAGGACCUUCAGCGUCCGUGUGGAGCUGGUGUGCACGUGUGAGAGGGAGCAGCUGGGAGAGGAGCCGUUGUGCUUCCUGCACCACUCGCGGAAGGAGCUGGGGUGGAAGCAGAAGCUCAGCCUCCUCGAGACGCUGUGCACCGGCUCCUACCUGGACGUGGAAAAAACCUCCUGCUGGUUCUUCCAGCUGGUGAGAAGCUCGUGGCUGCAAGUGCCUCUGCACUCCUGGCAGGUGGUGUUUCAGCCCUGCAGCCGGUCCUGCCGGUUGCAGCUGAGCAAAGGCAGGAAGAGCCUGACAGUGAAGAUUCUCUUUGGGGUGCGCCAAGAGGACUCCGACAUCUUUGUGGUCAGUCAGCCCACAGAGGCCCAGAAAGGCGGUUCCAGCAUCCUUGUGAGCAGCCAGCCUGCCAAGGCCAACAUCAUUUCAAGGACAGCAUGGCCUGAGACGUACGCUGUGGCAGAGGCAAAAUUCUUCCGGCACAUCGCCAGGCAGCUGCCGUGUGAGAGCUUGCACCUGAAAUGCCUGCAGCUCUUCACCUGCAUCCUGAAGGGCACCGGCUUUUCCAGCUCUACCUGGAAGACUGUGGUCAUGCACGUGCUGACCACAGUACCAGUGUCCCGGUGGCACAGGAGCGCAUUUGCACGGCGGCUCUGGGACAUCAUGGCGUUCCUGGACCGCUGCCUGCAGCUGAAACGCCUGGAGCACUUUGUGCUAGGCAAUGAGAGGCUUCCUGCAGAGAUCAGCUUGCCACCAGCAACACGAAGGGUUGAGCCGCCCAACCUCUUUGAGCACCUGGCCCAAGAUCUGGCUGCCCACAGAGAGGCCCUGCAAGCUUAUGGUCAGCUGCGAUUUCGCCUCUGGGUGCUGCUCUCCAGCCACUGA